AUGGCCUCCGCUGUUGCCUCCAUCGCCGCUGCCUCUUCUACCGCCAUCACCUGCCAAGCCACUGCAUCUAGCAGGAAUGUGUCCGCGAGGAGCGGAUUCAUGGGAGCCACUCUCCGUGUCUCCCCAGCAGCCAGAGCCGUCCGCGCUGAGAAGCUGGCUGUCCGCGCGUCCUCGUCUGAGGAGCUCGGUGGAACCCAGAAGCAGAUUCUCGAGGCGUUCUCGGGGGUGAAGGCCAAGUGGGACACCGUGGAGAACAAGCCCACCGUGCUGCUCUACACGGGCGGCGCCGUGCUCGCCUUGUGGAUCACCAGCGCUGUCAUGGGAGCCAUCGACUCGCUGCCUCUGGUCCCGGAUUUUCUGAAGCUGGUCGGCACUGUCUAUGGUGGCUGGUUCGUCUACCGCUACCUUCUCUUCGAGCUCUACCAUACCCUGCGCGUGAACCGCUUGCUGCCCAGCGCGCAACCCGCUUGCUGCCUCGCACGUGCCCUGCUCGCGCCGCCUGCACGCGCGCUGCCUGAGCCCUGCGCGCUCACUGCCUGCGCUGCCCGCGCGCUGCCUGCACCGCCUGCGCGCUGCCUUUGA